UUUUUUUUGGUAACAUUACAUUUAUGUAUGAACAGUGCAACAAUUACCCCCGAUAACCUGAAAUAUCUUUGUGGUUUGAAGAAUGGAACACAAUUAAUACAACAAAUACCGCAAGGAUGCACAUCUGUAGUAGUACCCUCAAGCACACCACCAGACAACAAUACAUUGGGUAUAGAGGACAUCAAAAAAAUUAAAGGAAACCUACCGAUAGUGCUAAUAUUUGAUUCUUUACAUCAUGAUGAUUGGGUAGGGAAGUUCAAAGAAGAUCCUUUUGUUUUCUCUUCACAAAUUCAAGCCUAUAAAGUUGAUGCGAUUGCUUUCGAAAACAUGUAUCAUGAGAAGAAACAUCCAUUUACGAUACUAGAAGCAGAUUUUACAAACGCUUUGGUUCCAUGGCUCGAUAAAUUGAAAGAAUUAAAUCCUAAUAUGAAAUUCGGAAUCGUUUUAUAUUUUGAUGAUAAAAAUUUUUACAGUACUUUUAAUUUCUCAAAUUUAAACACUCAUGUUGACUUCUACAUAAUUAAUUCAAUUUCAAAAGAGUUUUGUUUUUAUAAUGAUAAACAAGAAGAUAUGAAAAAUUUGGAUCAAGCUGAUGAACUUGCUAGGUUACGAUUUAAUUUCGAUCUGUUGGGAAUAUAUAUAGCAAGCGUUGACUACGAUGACUACGAGGGAAAAUGUGAAUGUCAACUGGCGUGUGCUAAAUCAAAAACAUUUCCAGAGUUAAAUAUUAUAAUCGGUGCUAGUCAAGAAAAUACGUCUAAAAUAGAUCAAUACAAAUGUAUCUCUGGAGAAUUCCCGAAAAUCGUCCAUUAGAUUAUUAGAUAAUUAAUGCUGUACCUCUGGACAACUACCAACAAUUAUCUAAUUUAUAACGAAAGCUGUUGAUUGAUAAAUUUAUAAAUAUAACAUAUAUAUUAAACCCGC